CCAAACCAAACCAAACCAAACGGAAACAGAGACACAGUACUCUGUGAGUGAGAGAGAGAGACAGAGAGAGAGAGAGAGAGAGAGAGGAAAACCCAGAAAUCCAAGCACUUCCCCUCUUUGUCUCUCUGUAUCUGUAUCUGUCCCUGUCUUUAUUUCUCUCCCCAUUUGAUCGGAGCCUCUCAUUCUUUGUACAGAACCGUCCUCGUUACUGUACGAUCAGUACCCCUCUCGUCCGGUUUCGAAGAAUCGAAACCCCCCCUCCCGAGUUCGUACAAUGGAGCGGUAUGGUCGGGCUACUGAAGGCUCUCAGUCCGAUCCGUCGCAGGAAUGGACCGCUCCGGUACCCGAAAUCGGACUUGAAGUGCCUAUGUGGCAGUUGGGAUUGGGCGGUGCAGAUUCUUACCCGGAACGGCCGGACGAGGCCGAUUGUAUCUACUAUCUGCGAACCGGGUUUUGUGGGUACGGCCCACGGUGUCGGUUCAAUCAUCCCCGUGACCGCGGCACGGUAAUAGGAGCUGCAAGACCUGGAGGGGAGUACCCAGAGCGAGUGGGCCAGCCUGUGUGCCAGUAUUAUAUGAGGACGGGGACAUGUAAAUUUGGUGCUUCUUGUAAAUACCACCAUCCUCGGCAGGGAGGCGAAUCUACCCCUGUACAACUAAAUUAUUAUGGGUACCCGUUACGUCUGGGUGAAAAAGAGUGUUCCUACUAUGUAAAAACCGGGCAGUGCAAGUUUGGUGCGACAUGUAAAUUCCAUCAUCCACAGCCAGCUGGCAUGCAAGUUCCAGCAGCAUCAUUAGCACCACCAAUUGCAGCUAUGCCUACACCCACAUUACAUCCAGGUGUGCAUUCUUCAUCUGUUCCUUCCUCCCAACAAUAUGGGGUAGUUGUUGCAAGGCCUCCUCUGCUACCGGGCUCAUAUGUUCAAAGCCCUUAUGGUCAUGUGCUGCUACCAAGCAUGGUUCCCUUUCCGGGUUGGAGUCCUUACCCGGCACCCAUAAGCCCAGUCCCCUCUCCUAAUUCUCAGCCCACUAUCGGUUCUGGGCAGCUUUAUGGGAUGACACCCUUGUAUCCAGGAACACCCACCUAUACUGGAACUUAUCAGUCUUUACCUUCUUCUGUUGGUCCCUCAAGCAGUAGUCAGAAGGAAUACUCACUUCCAGAAAGACCCGGCCAACCAGAAUGUCAGCAUUACUUGAGAACAGGAGAUUGCAAAUUUGGCUCCUCAUGUAGAUAUCAUCAUCCACCUGAAUUAGUUGCAUCCAAAACAAAUAGCUCCAUUGGUCUUCCUCUACGUCCUGGUGCACCUCCUUGUGUUCAUUAUGCUCAACGUGGAGUAUGCAAGUUUGGGCUUGCAUGCAAAUAUGAUCACUCAUUGGGAACAUUGAGCUACAGUUCAUCUGCAUAUUCUCUUGCCGAUAUGCAAGUUGCGCCCUACCCUGUGGGAUCUUCAAUUGGUACGCUAGCCCCGUCAUCUUCAUCUUCAGAGUUGAGGCCUGAAUUUAUUUCAGGAUCCAGCAAGGACCCUUCAUCGAGAAUGUCUUCGUCAAUGAGCACUUCUAGUGGAUCAGUCGGUUCAACUUUCUCAAAGAGUGAACCUAUUCCACAUUUGACUAUAGAACAGUCUGCUCAGGGUUCUUGCCCUUCAACUGGCAGCAGCAGUGGUGGCACUGGGGCUCGCUCUUCAAACUAAGCUACAUCAAGUCAUCCUUUUUAUUACACUUUGACCAAAUGUCAUGAGCCAAAACAUCAUUUUUUGGUGGAAGUCCUCAAAAGGAGGCUUCAUUUCUCAGUUAUCAAUGUUCCACGGUUCAGAUCUAGCACACAGCAGCUUUAAUCAUCUCUAUGUUCACAUAGUCUUUUUAUGGCCAUGUCCUACAUCUUGAAUAAACCAUGGCCAAACUUCUAAAAGUUUAGCAUACUCCGUAUAGCAUUCCACCUUAAUUCUGAAUAACCAUGAAAGAACCUGCAAUUCUAUUAGGCAACUCUGUGUCCAACUCUCUCCAUUUUUUUGGAGGAGUUGUGUUUAUUUCAUCCAAUCCCUCUUCAAAUGAAAAAAAUGCGUUCCAUAGUGUUUUUUCUUUUACAUUGACAGCGUCAAUGUCUCUCUUUUUUAUUUCACUUUGAUAUGGGGAAAAAAGCUUCCAAUUCAUCUUAGAAAGGACUUUGAAGGUCUUAUUGUUCCCUCACUUUUUGUCUUAGGGUCUAUCAUGAAAAAGGGAAGGAAUCAAGAGACGCCAAGGAGGCAUCAGGCUGCUUCAUUGUGUGAGAUCAGAUACAGUCAUAUUGUUGCAAAUAUGCUUGACUUGUUUCUUGAUAAGUUUAUUAUGAAAUACAAAUAUAUGAAGAAACACCCUGGGAUGUAUAAUAAUUGUUCCCUUCCUUUUCUCCAUUUAUAAAUGUGAUCUUAUCUUA